CAACAAAGCCUAAUCCUUCUGAAUCUCUCGGCAGUCGGCACCCAGGCCAACAACAGGCGGAAGCAGGAAAUGGCGAUCGCGAUCUCGCAGGAAGCCUUCGACGACAUGGUCCGGGAGAACAUGGAAGACCUCGGCAUGGACCCCGAGCAGGCCCUCGCUGACGCCGUCGACGUCCUCACCCUCCAGGGCGCCGACCUCGCCGGGAUCAUCAAACGCGUGCCUGGGGAGGCCGCGGCGGCGGAGGUAAGCCCGGUGAUGCGCGUGCUGGACGAACUGAAGGCCUCUGCCAGUCACAGUGGCAGGUCGGAGGAAGAGCUUGACAGGUUGGUCUCCUCGCUGGAUGACUUGCGCGAGCUGUGCUCCGGCGAGGGGUCGGAGAAUGCGGCCGUGGCGACGCGGAAUGGCGGCGUGGAGGCGCUCGUUGCUCUGUGUGCGUCUGCUGGGGUCAAGCAGGAGAGGCUGCUUUCUUCAGGCUUGAAGGCGUUGAGCUCCAUGAUCCGAGAUGUGGGAAGCACUGAAAAGUUCAGGCAAAGCCAAGGGCCGAAAAUUGUCAUGGAUAUCUUGAAAGGAGCUUUGGAAAGUUCAGAUAUACUGGAUGGUGGUUUUGGUGUUGUGGCGAUGGGAUCGGCUGGCAAUGAAGUUGUGAAAGAAUCCUUUAUGGACAUGAAGGUUGCGGAACUCAUUCUGCAGGUUAUGAGGGAGAAAUCAAAUUGUAAAGUGCAAAGCUUGUAUGACGCCAUACGUGUUCUACUGACACCCGACGAUAACCGAGUGGUGGCUUCUCAAGUAUAUGGAUAUUCUCGGAAAUUUGCAGAAAUUGGGAUUGCAGAAGUUCUUGUCAACGCACUCCGUGAGCAAGUUGCUCCAUCCAGCCUACCAUCAGCUUGUGCUGCUUUGAAGGCGAUUGCUGUUAAUGAUGAAAUAUGCCGGUCCAUAUCUGAAAGUGGUGGAAUUGAUGUGCUUCUUCAGUGCAUUGAUGAGGCUGGGGUACAGAAGAAUAAAGUUAUAGCAAAAUCAUGCUGCUCUUUGUUGUCUAAGCUGGCUGGAAGUGACGCAAACAAGGCCAAUAUCAUUCAGCAAGGUGGUUUUGAUAGGUUCUUGAAGCUGGCAUCCAGAUUUUCUGAAGACCCAUCAGUAACACAGGAGGUAAUGUCUAUAGUGACCGUCCUUACACUGCGGUCACCAGAACAUGCAGCGCUUGCAAUAAGGGUAGGUUAUGGUACUCUGGCCAUACAAGCAAUGCAAAAGUUUCCCUCCUCUGCCCUGACUCAGAAGCAAGCAUGUCUCAUGAUUCGUAAUCUCGUGGUGAGAAACCCAGAAAACAGGACGAUCUUACGUAACGAAGGCGUGGAGAAGCUCAUCAGGAAGGCCAAGGCAAUACACGGAAGCUGCAAAGCUGCUGCCACAGAUGCCUUGAGAGACCUGGGAUUGGACAACUACAACACGUAGACGUCAGAGAUAGACUACUGUGUGUAAAGUUUGGCCAUCCGAGGAUGUUUUGAAGAAAUACAUGAUGUCUGGGUUCAUGGAGCCGGACUACUGCGUUUGUGUCUGUUUCUGAUCACAGUUUUGGGGAAACUUUGAGUUGUGUGGUUACAUCAUUAUGUCACCUGCUUCGUGAACUAGUCCACAAUUAGACCACGUAGUGAAACAAAAAAAAUGCAGGUAUAUGAACUCUCGUGCGCUACAA